UUCACCCCCUCGAUUGGAGCGGGUGAAAUUUCACCCCCUCGACAACCAUCCUUUCGACGGAGCUUAGGGAGUUGGCCGAUGACGCCUCGCCAAUGAUGAAGACGGCCAAGGGUGCGACGUCCGGCCUCUUCGCAGAGACCAUCUGGGGCACCAUCGUCGCAACCUGGUAUGACGUCGCCAGAGUUGAACGGAGCGUUGCCCUUCCCGGCCUUAUCCGGACGGUGAAGCUCAUGGGAAACUAUGGCCUGACAUUCGGGGCGAUCAGCGGCAUCUACAUUGGAGUGGACCAGAUGGUCGAGAAGGAUAGGAUGAAGAAAGAUUUCAUCAACAGCGCAGUGGGUGGAUUCGUUGCCGGCGCUUCUGUCUUGGGAUUCAAAGGGAUUGUUUGGGCUCGCCUGUGCAUCAAACAUGGUUAAAUUUACCAUGUUAAAUUCUUCCUGUGCAUCAAACAGAGCUUCAGAUUGAAAGAGAGAGAUCCUGUAAAUUUUUUAUGGUUAAAUUUACCAUGUUAAAUUCUUCCUGUGCAUCAAACAGAGCUUCAGAUUGAAAGAGAGAGAAAUUUCAUCCUGUAAAUUUUUUAUGCAAGAAAAAAAGUUACCUGCAUUGCUCUAGCAUAACACAAAGGAUACAAGAGACCACCCCUUUCAAGCGAGGAUCAUCUGUAGGUCCCACACGAAUGGCCCAUGCGCCCUCCAUAAAUUCAUUGGCAAAACCAUGCAAGCCUAGUGAGAUGUUGAUACGAGGCGUCCGGCAUUAAACUAAUUAAUAUGUGAGGGGCAAUUGUUUAAGGGUAUUUUAUUUUUUAUGUAAGGGCAUUUUCAUCUUUUUGUUCUAAUGCAGGCGCAUUUUAAUAUUUUAGCACUCGAGGGCCUCACGGAUUUGAAUCUGCUUGGGGCACAUCUUCCCCUUAACUUUCCCAAGAGCUCUUUCUUAACACGUAUGUUAUAUUUUAGUACUUCUCCAAUCGGUCCUUCAAGACACGAUUUCCGUGACUUAGUGGACCGAGUAAUGGAAGUGAUCAACGGACCAAAAGCUGUGCAUUUAGGGCAAAUAAGUAAAAUAUACAUACACGGUAAAGGGGAUUUUUUGCUUGUCCUUUAUUUCUAAGUGUUCUUAAAGAGGGGAACCUUUUAGCGCGCGCCUCUCUACCUCUUGGGGGAACAGCGCUUCCUCGUAAAGCAAGCCUGUUAGAAUACAAGUUAAAAACGGAAUACCUCCUACCCCUGGGGUCCGUGAGUGCUUUGAAAUAUAGGUAGGAAAGCAAGCCUGUUAGAAUAUAAAUUAAAAAGGAGAUACCUCCUGCCCUCAGGGUUGGAGAGUGCUUUGAAAUAUAGGUAGGAAAGCAGGCCUGUUAGAAUAGAAUUGAAGUGUCGUACAUCUAUUGUUGACAGUCAAUAAGAGCUUGUA